CAGGUCGGGGACCGGACGGAGUGCGCUCGCCCCCAGGCUGGGAGAAGCGCCCCCAGGGACGGACGGAGAGUAUGAGGCUCAGGCCUCCACUGGCUGCUUACCUGUGACCACGUCCACCACGGCGGAGCCUUCCAAGCCCACCUCCUGCCGUGUGGUGAUCUACCUGCAGCGGGAGAUGUCGGGGGACACCUGUCUGUGCCCAGCCUCCGGGGCCAAGCCCAAGCUAAGCAGCUUCAAGGGAGGAGGGCUGGGCAACAAGUAUGUGCAGCUCAACGUGGGCGGCUCCCUGCACUACACCACUGUGCGGGCGCUCACCCGGCACGACACCAUGCUCAAGGCCAUGUUCAGUGGACGCAUGGAGGUGCUGACCGACAAAGAAGGCUGGAUCCUCAUAGAUCGAUGUGGGAAGCACUUCGGCACCAUUUUGAAUUACCUCCGCGAUGACACCAUCACCCUCCCUCAGAACCGGCAAGAAAUCAAGGAACUGAUGGCUGAAGCAAAAUAUUACCUCAUUCAGGGGCUAGUGAACAUGUGCCAGACAGCCCUGCAGGACAAGAAGGACUCCUACGAGCCUGUGUGUAACAUCCCCGUCAUCACAUCUCUGAAGGAGGAGGAGAGGCUCAUUGAGUCAUCCACCAAGCCCGUGGUGAAGCUGCUGUACAACAGAAGCAACAACAAGUACUCCUACACCAGCAACUCUGAUGACCACCUGCUGAAAAACAUCGAGCUGUUUGACAAGCUCUCUCUGCGCUUCAACGGCCGCGUGCUCUUCAUCAAGGACGUCAUUGGUGACGAGAUCUGCUGUUGGUCCUUCUACGGUCAGGGCCGCAAGCUGGCAGAGGUUUGCUGCACCUCCAUCGUGUACGCCACAGAGAAGAAACAGACCAAGGUGGAGUUCCCAGAGGCUCGAAUAUAUGAAGAGACACUCAACGUCCUACUCUACGAGACCCCCCGAGUCCCUGACAACUCCCUGCUGGAGGCCACCAGCCGCAGCCGCAGCCAGGCUUCCCCGAGUGAAGACGAGGAGACCUUUGAACUGCGGGACCGGGUGCGCCGCAUCCACGUCAAACGCUAUAGCACUUAUGAUGACCGACAGCUCAGCCACCAAUCAAACCAUCGUGACUGACAAGCACCUUGGGGAAUCAGGGCACUCCCAUUCUGGGGAACCCCACUGCCAUACUGCUGCUGGCUGGGUCUGCUCCAGCACCCACGACAGGCCCUGCCUGGGAGGUCAGAGGGACUCUCUUAGCCCUCUUCCCUGAGGACUUUAAACACGUGCGUCUUCCUGCCCCACUUCUACUCUGGGAAGGACACCCUGCCCCCCGCCUGCUAAGGACAUAGCACUCGGCGCCCCACUGAGUACCCCUUUCCUCUGUUGCAGGACUCUAGGGAGUGGGGUCAUGCCAGGGGACAGGCAGCUUCUGGUGCUGUGGGGGCCCCGUUUUCCUAACAGAAGGGGGGGCUCCUUUUUCCCUAAGGCAUCUAAACACAGGCUUGAUGAGUUUGGUUUUUAAAAAAAACUAGGAAAUGCCUAAUUCUAAAUCUAGCAGCCAAGGACUGGGCAUCUGUGACCUUCCAGGGUGCCAAGACCCCAAAUAAGACAGAGC